AAAAAUACGAAAAAACUUUACAAAAAUAUUAUCUUAUUUAAGCGAAAAAGGAAGAUACUACAAAAAAUACUCAGAUUACAUUUUUUCUGUAUUACUCUAAACUAUAAAAUAUAUAAAAUCGAUUUGUAGAUUUCCUAUAGGAAUCCCAGGAGAGAUUGGAAGGGUCUUAAAAUAUUACGAAACACUUACUAGAAACGAUUUCACUUUGGAAAAAAUCUCAAGAACUAAGAGACAAACUGAAUCUCCCACAUUUUCCCAAAAAUUAAAUAUAAGACUGUUUGGAAAAAACCUUCAGUUACAUGUAAAUCCUGAGAAAAAUGUUAUGAGUAAAGAUUUUCAAAGUUUUGUUAAAAGCACGAAACAUUUUGAAGAAAAGUACAUUGAGCAUCCAAAGUUUUAUAAAGGAUAUGUAAAAGGCUUAAAGAAAAGCACAGUUAGAAUUCACUUUAUAGCUAACGAUGUAUUUGCAGCAAUUGACUUACCAGAAGAGCACAUCUUUAUUGAGGUGAUAAUCUUUAAACAAAAAAUAUAUAUCAUAAAUUUUAUAUAUAUAGCCUUCUUGGAAGUUCUUGCCCUUAUCAUCAAAUUAUUCCUUAAUUGCAUAUAGAACAUCACAGUUAUCGUCAACUGAUAGGUACUGUAGUAUACUUUUUAUAAUGCUUUUUAGAUAGUUUUCUCUAUUUAAAUUAAGACUCAAAUGUGGAUUUGUGGAUCCGAAUUUAGCUGAAGAGCCGAAAAAUCAACACGGUAUUUUUUUUCUUUAAAACACUUUAGUUAGUCAUAGAUUAAGUUUGUGUCCUAAUACUUAGUCCAAACUCAUCGAGCGAAAAGAAAUACAAUUGCAAAUCGGGUUUGUAAGCUGCUUUUAGUCGCUGAUUACAAAUAUUUCGUAGAGGUUGGGAAAAAAUCCUUUUCCGAAACAGUCAAUAAUAUGAUAUCUAAAAUAACUGAGGUAGACGCAAUUUAUCGUGCAACAGAUUUUAGGAAUGGAUAUAAGAAUAUCGGUUUUGAAAUUCAAACGGUUGUAGUUCAUGAUGAGUUCACAAAAAAUUCUGGAGAAAAUCAUUAUAAUAAGGACAAAUCAAAUUGGACUGCAAAAGAAUUACUGAGAGCAUUCGGAUCGGAUAAAAGUUUAAAACAUGAAAAUUAUUGCGCUGCACAUCUUUUUACAGCGACAAAAUUUUCAGAUGGUAUUCAAGGUGUUGCAUGGAUAGCAAAAUCUGGCGCAGUUGGCGGAAUUUGUGCUCCAGGAAGUGGUAGUACUAAAUAUAAUACGGGUUGGUCAACAGCAAUAGAUAAAUAUGGUAAUAGAAUAUUAACUUUCGAAAGUAUUCUAGUUGCAGCACAUGAAUUAGGGCACAAUUUCGGAAGCCAACAUGAUCCUCCAUCAUGUGCCACUGAUAAGAAUAAUUUAUUUUUAAUGUACACUUACGCAGUGUCAGGUAAACAAUCAAAUAAUCAAAAAUUUUCUCAAUGUAGUAUUGAUCACAUAUCAAAAGUUUUAAACAGCAGAGGCAGUUCUUGUUUAAAGGAACCAUCAACUUCCUUUUGUGGUAAUUACAAAAAAGAGGAUGGUGAGGAUUGUGAUGUUGGAAAUGUUGCCGAUGAUAAAUGUUGCACUACUAAUUGUAAAUUUAAAACAAAUGCUGUAUGCAGCGAUAGAAAUUCUCCUUGUUGUUUUGAAUGUACUUAUGCUAAUUCGUCAGUAAAAUGUUUGGAUCAGUCCAAUGUACUUAAUUGUAAAAAAAAUUCAUUCUGUACUGGUAAAUCACCAGAAUGCCCUGACCCAAAAUUUGAAGUUGACGGAUCAUCCUGUAUCGAUAGUGGAAAAUGUAAAAAGGGCUCUUGUCAACCAUUCUGUGAAAGUUUGAACAAAAAUAGUGCUUCUUGCCUAUGUGCUAAUGAAAAUUCUUGUUCUAUAUGCUGUAGCGUAAAUAACGGUACAUGUGAAGUGCACAGAGAAAAUGGGAAAAAAUUAUUACUAUCUGAUGGCAGGCCAUGCUUUGAAGGGAUUUGUGAGAAAGGAAUAUGUCAAAAAACUAAACCUGUUGUAAAUAAGCUUUGGGAUAUUUUGAAAAAAUUAAGCGUUAAUGAUAUAAUUGAAUUUUUUAAGAAAAAUUUGGUUCUCAUGGUUAUAAUAUUUUUCUCUGUAAUUUAUAUACCAAUCACAAUUAUCAUAUCGUGUAUCGAUUAUAAGAGAAAAGAAGAUGAGAAAUCACAUAGACGAUGGAAAUAUGAAAUGCCGAACCAGAUAUUUUUAAGCAAUAGUGAUAAGUUAACUAUAAAGGCUACACGAAGUAAAAGAAGAGAUAACUAUAUGGUUAAGAAAGAUGAAGAAAAUCAAAAAAUUAAGAAAGAAAAAGUGUCAAAACAGAGAAAUAAAGUUCAUCCGUCAAACACAAAUUAUAAUAUAUAACUAUGUUUGUUAGACAUAUAUUUCCAAAUUAAGAGACAUUUUUUUUCUACAAUAAUGAAACAUAAUAGUAAAAAAGACAUCAUAAAUACACAAUUUUCUUUAAUACUCCAAGAAAUUACGUUGAAGAUUUUUGUGGUUUCAAAGUGCUGAAAAUUGUAAUUCUGCACGCUGUUCUUUAUAGGAAUUUAUAAAAAAAAUAGCAUUCGACUUUCCUCAAUUCUUUCACAGAAAUCUAAAAAGUUUUUAGUGGAAAGCCAAUUUUCAGUUAGUCUACGAAAGGUACUCUUCUUAUCCUCGUAAUUAUAUUGAUUUAUCAAGCUUCUUCUAUUUAAAAAAAACUAUUCCUAUAAUUAAACUGGCUCCAGAAAGUAGCCUGAUUUUUCUUUACUACAAAAAAUAAAUACCAUGUUACUUAAAGAAAUGAUGCAAAUGAAUUUUUUUUUUUCAUAGUCACGGAUAUA